AUGUCAAAGCUGCGUCAGCACGAUCCAGACUGCAUUAUGUCUUAUGAAUGGGGUCAGUGUCGUCGAUAAAUCCUAGCUAAGCUGAAUGAACAAGGGUUUAGAGUAAACUUAUCCGAUCCCAACGGAAGUGGAUCCAUCUCAAUGGAAUUUGAUCCAUUGAAAUCUUCCCUGCGUUUGUCGCCUGAUAAGGCUUAUCUACUUAUUGACGCUGUUCCAUCCUCUGAGACUGAAGGGUUGCGACAACUCCUCGAUCUCUCAUCUCUAAGUAGUCUCACUGUCUGUCGCGUGGAAGAGAAGUAUUGCCAUCUUGUUGAACUUUCCAAAGACCUUGAUACGCGUACUAUCGCUGACACUCUAUCGGACAAGGGAUUUCCAUCUGCCAGGAUUACCCCUGUUGGCACGGAUUUUGAGAUUUGUGUCUCCGUCUAUGGUGUAUGCUGUAAAGCCUGUGAGGACAAGGUUUUGGAUGUCCUCAGGCACACGCUUCCCAUUAACACAUUCGAGGUGGCUAUGGGUCAUGAUGAAAUCAUUCUAACUCUUCCUUCUUCAUCAACCUCAUCUACAGACUUCCUAGCAGAUCUUCACUUGACCCAGAUGCACAAAGUUAUCACACAUCUCGGCUAUAGCUGUCAUCUGCGUGAUCCUCCGAGCAUCUCUUGUCCUUCAAACUCAAACAGUUCCAGUGAGGCGCUUUUCUUUUUGGCAGGGCACUACCAUUCUUGUACAGACGUCAAAUGUUAUUUCACUCUGUUUAAACGCCUUUGUCAUUUCAGACGAGAAUUGUACCGCAAAUGA